AUGGCGUCGUCUCCAGCAACGAAUCCCGAUACCCUCGUUACCUUGAAGGUCAAUGUCGAGGGUACCAACCGUCGGUUCAAGCUCCCUCUUCGUGAUCUCGGUGCCAGCACCCUGCCCGAUAAGCUUCGAUUCCUACUUGCUGUCGCUCCCUCCUCCACGGCUAUCUUCGAGCGUUACUCCGACAGUGCCGCCUCCUUUGUCGUACUAGACCCGACAAACGCCUCGGUCUACAAGCAGCUCUAUCGUGCAGCCAAGGCCAAGCUCAAGCUUCGUCUCAAGGUCACCAUCAUCGACCAUCCAGCCCCUGCACCCAAGCAAGCUACCGUCGAGGACGAGGAGCCCAGCCCGGUCAGUCCAGUCGAGGAGAAGGCUUCCACUCAACAAGCCGAGGUUACACCAACUCCAGUCCUACCAUCGACCGAUUAUUCUGCAGUCCAGUACGCAGACGAGAGCACCCGCCAACCCUCCGUCGCGGAGAUUCAGAACCGCUUCGAAGACCUGCUUCUCAACCACCCUCGUUUCACACCCAAGGCCCCUGCACCUGUUGUCAGCUCUGCCUGCUGCCCAAUGUUCCCCGUACACCAGGAGAGACCCAAGAUGUCUGCCACAUCCAACACCGAGAUCCCCAUUACCCGCGGAGCUGCUGCUCGUGACAAGUGGUUUGCUGAGCUCGCUGGUGUGUCCAAAGAGCGCCAGAACGCUAUCCGCACCCAUGCUAGUGCACCGACUGCUUCCAGCGCCAGCAUCUUUUCUGUCUACUGCAACCACUGCAACGAUGCUAUCCCCGACGAGCAUUAUCACUGCAGCACUUGCGACGAUGGCGACUUUGAUCUUUGCCAGAACUGUGUUGCUGACGGAGUUCUCUGCGGAGGUGAUGGACACUGGAUGAUCAAGCGUUUUGUGAAGAAUGGAAAGGUUAUCAACAGCACUACUGAAACCAUUGCACCUAAGCCAAAGGUUCCUGCUUUCUCUGAGUCCAAAACCACUCUUGUCCCUGAGGAGACCAAGAUUACCCCUACUCGUACUUGCAACUCUUGCAUUCAAGAAUUGUCUGUCGAGAACUUUGUCACUUGCACUUCUUGUGAUGACUUUGAUCUCUGCCUUUCUUGCCAUGUCGGCCUGGAGCAUGGUCACCACCCCAAGCAUGCUUUUGCUCCUGCUGUUGAGGAUUCUCACCUGGCUACAAUUGCUCAGAAGCUGCUUGCUCCUGGCCGCAAUGUUGGUCAUGAUGCUGUCUGUGAUGGAUGUGACAAGUACAUCUAUGGUGUUCGUCACAAGUGCCUUGACUGCCCAGACUGGGACUUCUGCUCUACCUGCGUGCCAAAUGCCAACUUUAUCCACCCCAACCAUCGAUUCGUUCCAAUUUACGAAUCCCUCUCCAACCCCCUUGCUUUGGCCAAAUCAUACAACAGCAAACCUCGCCACCACGGUAUCUACUGCGAUGGUCCUCUUUGCAACGGCAGCAAUGGCCACCAGACUUUCAUUAGAGGUGAUCGAUACAAGUGUGCCGUCUGCCAUGACACCGACUUCUGUGCCAACUGUGAGGCCAGCCCAUCAAACGGCCACAACCGAACUCACCCUCUGAUCAAGUUCAAGACACCAGUCCGCAAUGUCAGCGUUACUACUCUGGGUGAUCAUGAGGAUGGUAAGCCAAUGCCGAUUAUGGGCGAUCGUCGUCCUCGCCUAUCCAAGGCCACCGAAACCACUCCGGCUCAAUCUGCUAAUGCUGCUACUCAAGUCCAGACUGUUGCUGAUCUCCAGCCCACCGAGCCUGUCAAGCCCAAGGAGUUCCAUGAGUUUGAGGCUGAGAAGCCAGUUGAGGUCAAGACCGAGGAGGUUAAGGAACUAUCAGCUGGUGUGGCUGAGGAGGACUUGGUUGCUCACUUUGUCCGCGAUGUCAUCGCUGACGGUACCAUCCUCCCACCCAAUUCCGUCUUUGAGCAGACUUGGUAUCUCCGCAACGGUGGUAACACUUCAUGGCCUGCUGGAUGCAGCGUCAAGUUCGUCGGUGGUGACAACAUGUGUGCAGUUGAUCCUGCCCACCCAGCCAGCGUUCACGAGCUUGUUUCAGCUGCUGAAAGCACUACCUGCUAUACCGAGGUUGCUCCAGGCCAAGAGGCCGGUUUCACCGUUUUGAUGCGAACCCCCAACCGUGAUGGCAACUUUAUCUCAUACUGGCGCCUCACCGGCCCAGACGGUGGCAAGUUCGGCCACAGACUGUGGUGCGACGUCACCGUCAAGGACCCAGUCGUCAAGCAAGAGCCUAAGGAAGAAGUUUCCGAGGCUUCAGGUAGCCAAAUGAUCUUCCCUAAGCUUGAGAAUGAAUCCCCGGCUACCAGCAUGCACGAGGAAGCUUCUUCCGCUGUCCCAGAAACCGAAGAUGAGGACGAGUUCGAGGACUUUGUUGAGGAGACACUUGGAGAUGAUGAGACAGAGGAUGGCUUCUUGACCGAUGAGGAGUAUGAUAUUCUUGAUGCUAGCGAUGAGGAAUAUCUCGCUGAGCAGGAGAAGGCUAUUCGAAAGUAG